ACAACCAACUUACCAACAACAGAACAACCAACUUACCAACAACAGAACAACUUAACUUGCAGGAGGAGGAGGAGCGUUUGACAAACAGGCCGUCCUGUAAGCCUACCUGGCGACCUCUUCACUGAGAUGCGAAGACGGUUCUCGAAGUCGGGGGUAAAGACCCCAAAAACCUCUGAACCCCAGGGAGUGCCUAUCCCGAUGUCUGCUGAACGACCCCAAACUUCCUCUGUAGCCUCCUCGCUUCCCACCCCAAGCCUUGCUGCAGCGCUAGCCCGGCGAAGGUUCACCCUGAGUGGGGCAGCUGACAGCCAGAACCAAGGACUGACGGUCUACUGCAGAAUGCCAUUCUCUCGUAGCUUCCUGUCUGAAGACCAGUUCCAGUGUUCCAUCUGUCUGGAUAUCUUCAUAAACCCCGCCUCCACUCCAUGUGGACACUCCUUCUGCAUGGCCUGCAUUGGUCGGCACUGGGACGGUGCUAAGCUCUGCCAGUGUCCUCUCUGCAAAGAGACCUUUAAGAAGCGUCCGGACCUUCAGAUUAACCGGACCCUCAGAGAGAUCACAGAGCAGUUCAAGGCCAUGUCCGGGGCAUCUCGGUUGGGCAGCGGGACGUGGAGAGGUGUCCUGGGGGCUGGAGGAGGAGGAGGAGGAGGAGGAGGAGGGGGAGAGGACAGAGACCAUCAGGAUCCCAGCACCAUAGAGAGGGAGUGGAUGGACACUAAGACCCAGCUACAUAUGUCCGAGGCAGAGAUCCAUCAGCUGAUUCUACAGAGACAGAGGAAGAUGGAGGAGAUAAUGUCAUCACUGGCUCAACUACAGCUUUCAGUGGAACGUGAGGCGGCAGGCGUUAUGUGUGUGUUCAGUGCGUUGGUGUGCGCGGUUGAGAGGUCGCAGGCUGAGCUCAUGGAGGUGAUUGAGAUCAGUAGGCGGUUGGCAGAGCACCAGGCGGACGAUGUGAUUCGUCAGCUAGAACAGGAAGUGAAUGAGCUCAGGAAGAGAAGCCACGCCCUCUCCCAGCUGGCCCAAUCAGACGACUACGUUCAUUGUAAAAAGAGCUACCCUGCACUCUGCACCCCUCCACCAAUCAGAGACUGGUCUGGGGUGUCGGUGAACUCUGAUCUGGGAACGGGGCCCAUCUAUACAUCGCUGUCUGUCCUGGUCCAACGUUUCCAGGAAGAUAUCAGCAGGAUGGUUCAAUUUGGCGUACAAGUUCCAGUAGAAUCCUCUCCAAUACCACAGCCCAAGGUGAAGCAGGUACAGGAGUAUGCAGUGGACGUGACUAUGGACUCAAGCACCGCCCACCCCAGGCUCAUCCUAUCAGGAGACGGGAAAAUGGUAAAAUGUGGGGACCGUCACCAGCCGGUACCUCAUAACUCUGAGAGGUUUGACCGUGUCGUGUGUGUUCUGGGUCGAGAAGGGUUCUCCUCAGGUCAACACUAUUGGGAGGUGGAGGUGGGCGGGAAGACUGACUGGGAUCUGGGCGUGGCCAGCCGCUCUAUCAACAGGAAGGGGAAGAUAACGGUAUCUCCUAGCAACGGCUACUGGUUCCUCAGCCUCAGAGAUAAACACAACUAUGUGUUCCGGACAGAUCCCUCCACUGAGCUGCUUCUCGACCUCAGACCCCAGAAGAUCGGGGUGUAUGUGGAUUAUGAGAAAGGGCAGGUAUCGUUCUACAACGUGGACGCUAAGCUCCACAUCUACACCUUCCUGGCCUCCUUCUGUGAGUCCGUGUUCCCGUUCUUCAGUCCCUGCACCAACAAGUCAGGCAAGAACGACGGAGCCCUCGUCAUCACUCCAGUACUGCUCAUGGACACCCAUCCACUACAACCCAAUGAUUGUGAUGAACUGAACAUCUGAGGCCCCUGACUCUAACCCACUAAUAUAGAAAAAUGUGUUUUGGGCUACAGAUUGGGGGAACAAAUUGUUUUUGUUGUUGUUGUUGCCUGAUAUGUUUCUGUUUAUAAUUUUCCGACAUUAGAUACAUGCAGCUUAUCUUCUGUUGUUAUGUUUCCCCGUAGAAGACUAAAUCAAUCGUUUGCUCACCAGAAUAAUGUCAUAAAUCGAUAGAAUGAAUGAUUAAGAUUUCAGUUUGUCUUGGGAUCCAUAUUUUAUGUGGUUGAAAUACUAUCCCCUUUUUAUGGCGCUAAUUAAGCAUCUCUAUAGAAUGUAUCUGACUAAACUCUCAAGAUGCGGAAAUAAAUACAUCUUAUAUCUCCACUCAUGUUCCCGAGUCAACAUUUAGCCUACAUUUGGUGUAUCAUUUUACUGCAAGAAAUGCUUAAUUCUGCAAGAGUUUUUAUUUAUGUUAUGUGAGAGGUUAUAGACCUACAGUCAAUGUUUCAUUUAACUCAUCUGAACAGUAGGCUACAUUUCCCUUGAAGUGCAACAGGCCUAUUUGAAGUCCCUUUCUUGUGACUGUUGAAUUUGUAUAGUUCCUCACAAUCAUCACACAAAACACUGCUAUCAUCCUGUUUUACCACUUCAAUAAAUCUUUCCCAAACAUUA